AUGGACGAUGAGCAAGAGCAGGGAGAAGAGGAUCAGCCACAAAAAAAGAGGCCCAAGCUUCAAUUGGACACUUUGGUCAAGGCAAUAGAGAUAAAGCCGUUUAAGGUGAAAGGGGAUGCACCAGGCUUCAUUUGUCAGAGAGACUGGGUGGAGAACGCCAAGCAUGAAAUUGAAGUGCAAAUGGCAUUAACCGACAAGCUAAGACGGGUCGCCCCCUUGGCAAUCUCUCGUUGCAGUCGUGGAGGCAAGACUCGAGCCCUCUACGAAAUUGCUGAUAUGAACUUCGUCUACAAGCAACGUCCAUUCAAAGUUAUCUUUGCUACAUUCAGUGAUUUUUCGGAAAUUGAGCCUCAUGAGUAUGAAGAUCCAGUUCAAGCACUGCUGAUCAGAAUUGCCUUUGUAGCCCUCAAGGACAGGCCCGACGAACCUGAACCAGACGACUUCUUGGAUUUCUGCAAAAGAAGAGAGUAUGUGCCGGAAGCUGAUAUUGAGAAGUGGCUUGGGGAUACCCCCGCACUGCUUAUCUUGGAUGAACUGAAUAAUCUCACGCCUUUGAGUUCUGAGACGAAGUCCAAGAGUGUCACUCAGUUUGCAAGGUUUAUCAAGGGGAAUUUCAUAACUCCGAGGGGUUGUUUUUUCGUUUUCUCCUCUCAUGUUGUGUCAACUCUGCAGAAGUUUGGGAAUUACUUGGACCCUUCUGAAGCCAGUGAGCGCGAUGUUAUUUUGCAAGAAUUGCCCCUCAUUGAUAAUCUGCGAGACGCAAGAAACCUGAAAGCCAAUUUGACAGGAGCCAGAGAAGCUGUUUACUAUGGCUUGAUGCCUGGGCUCCUUUACGACCAGAGCAACAAAUCUGUCAAAGCAGCAGGUGUGAAGAAGAAUACUGCCAUGACCAAGCUCAACACAGAAUCAUCCCCUGGCACACAAAGUUCUGCAUUCCUUGCAGUUUUGAGGUCAUUGAUCGAUGGUAACUUGAGGGGCAUGCCCAGCUUGUUGCAUGCAUUGAUAGAUGCAAGCCACACAGAUGGAGAGAUUAGAAAGAUUCGGUGGGCUCCAUACCAUUUGCGAUUUGUGUUUCAGGAGCUGGAUCUUGAAGGCGAUUACAGUGAAUUGAAGUCAAGUAUGGCCGAACUUUGCCAUCAAGUACUCACAUCGAAAGCUGCUUCUGGUGAUGCCUGGGAAUGCCUCUUUGUUCUAUUUUUGAUUGCAAGAAAGAAUAUCACGCGUGUCUAUGGAUACCAGUGCAAAGAAGGCAAACAUAAUGCAGCACAGGGUACGGACAGUGACAUCUCCCUUAGUUAUGUGAUGAAGGGACUGGCGCCACAAACGGAAGCAACCAGGAAAGGUUGGGUCAUCUCAGGAGAAACAGAUAUUCAAGAGUUCUAUGGUAUUUCGGGGAUGCAUUGGACACCCAACAAGUGGAGAGAACUGUUGGAAACUGAUCAAAGCUAA